AUGAACCGGGUCAAACAGAUCGCUGCUCACUUAGUUGGAGCUUCUGGAGUUGAUGCCCUUGAACGCAAGAACCCAGAUGAUGUCGUUAUCACCAUGGCCAUACGUUCACCACUUUGCAAAGCAAGGAAAGGAGGGUUUAAAGAUGCAACAACCGAUGAACUCCUGUUGGAAACGUUCAAACAUUCCAUAUCUCACUCGAAAAUCGACCCUUCAACGAUCGGUGACAUCUGCGUUGGUGUUGUUUUAGCCCCAGACGCCAUGUACCACGCCCGAGCUGCAGCAUUGGCAGCAGGCAUUCCAGACACAGUGCCAAUCCAAAGUAUCAACAGAUUUUGCUCUUCGGGCCUCAUGGCUGUAACAACAAUAAGCAACCAGAUCCGUAGUGGUCAAAUAGAGAUAGGCCUCGCUCUUGGCAUCGAAAGCAUGUCCGAAAACCCGGAUAAAGGUGGCCCGGCUCAGAGUGAGCUCAUCUCGUGUAACGCCGCUGCCGCAGACUGUCCCAAGUCUAUGGGAUGGACCAGCGAAAAUGUAGCUUCAGACUUCAACAUCACCAGAGAAGAGCAAGACGAAUUUGCGGCCAGGUCGCAUCAACGCGCGGAACACGCAGAUAAAUCCGGUUAUUUCAAGAACGAAAUCGUCCCUUUCACAGUGUUCCAAAAAGAUUCUGCUACCGGAGAAAAACGGAAAGUGGUCGUUAGUAAGGACGACGGUAUUCGUUAUGGGACGACCAAAGAAACAUUAUCCAAGAUCAGAUCAGCCUUCCCGCAGUGGGGAAAUGGGACAACGACAGGUGGAAAUGCUAGUCAAGUCACUGACGGGGCUGCUGCUGUACUGUUGAUGACCCGGAGAAAAGCAGAGGAGCUUGGGCUCAACGUCCUUGGAAAACACGUUUCGACUGCUGUUGUAGGAUGUCCACCCAGGAUCAUGGGUAUUGGUCCAGUGUAUGCAAUCCCAAUGGUAUUGAAGAAUGUUGGCAUUACUCAGGAGGAUGUUGACCUUUUUGAAGUGAAUGAGGCGUUCGCAUCUCAAUGCGUUUAUACGAUAAAGAGAUUAGGUCUUCCGAUUGAAAAGGUGAACGUCAAUGGUGGCGCCUGUGCCCUCGGACAUCCACUUGGAUGUACAGGUGCCCGACAAGUGGCAACCGGACUGAAUGAACUUCAUCGGAGGCAAGGAAAGAUCCUGGUAACGUCCAUGUGUAUUGGUACGGGGAUGGGAGCUGCUGCUGUUUUUGUGCGAGAUUAG